AUGGUGGUUUGCGAAAAAAGUAAGAAGAAUGAUACUGAGUCAAGUAUUUUCAAACAGAAUAUGCAGACACACACCAAUGACAAGCCUUUUCGUUGUGAGAAAUGUAAGAACACUUUCACCUAUUCAAGGAGUCUCAAACGACAUAUGCGAUUACAUAACAAUGUGAAGCCUUAUCAUUGUGAGCAAUGUGAAAAGAGUUUUACAACAUCAAGUCAUCUCAAAUAUCAUAUACGAACACAUACCAAUGAGAAGCCGUACCAUUGUGAACAAUGUGAAAAGAGUUUUACCUCAUCAAAUGGUCUCAAAUAUCAUAUACGAACACAUACCAAUGAGAGGCCUUAUCAUUGUGAGCAAUGUGAAAAAAGUUAUACCAGAUCAAGUGAUCUUAAACAGCAUAUACGAACACAUACCAAUGAGAAGCCUUACCAUUGUGAACAAUGUGAAAAGAGUUUUACCACAUCAAGUCAUCUCAAAUAUCAUAUACGAACACGCACCAAUGAGAAGCCUUAUCAUUGUAAGCAAUGUGAAAAGAGUUAUACAACAUCAUGGAAUCUCAAACAGCAUAUACGAACACAUUCCAAUGAGAAGCCCUACCAUUGUGAACAAUGUGAAAAGAGUUUUACCACAUCAAGUCAUCUCAAAUAUCAUAUACGAACACAUACCAAUGAGAAGUCUUAUCAUUGUGAGCAAUGUGAAAAGAGUUAUACAACAUCAUGGAAUCUCAAACAGCAUAUACGAACACAUACCAAUGAGAAGCCUUAUCAUUGUGAGCAAUGUAAAAAGAGAUUAACCACGUCAAGUCAUCUCAAACAGCAUAUACGAACACAUACCAAUGAGAAGCCUUACUACUGUGAGCAAUGUGAAAAUAGUUUCACCACAUCAAGUCACUUAUCUCUUGGAAGAAACUCAUUAAUUAUUCAUACAGAGAAGAAAUAUACAUAUAGGUGGAAAUCCAUAAAUGGUGAAAAUCAUUUCACUGUCACACUCAACAGACAAGAUGAGAGUUCAAAUGUGGAAGAACAGAAACGAUUGUUUAUUAUGCAUACUGGGUUCAUUGUUGAGAAAAGAAUUCACAAACACAUAGAAGAAUUCAGAUUGUACAGCCACAGGAUUGAUAAGUGCUGA